CGGGGGGAAGGAGGCGGCGGCGCGGAGCAGCGGAGCGCCGCGGGGAGGGGACGGCGGAGCGCAGCGGGCGGCUCUCGGCGGGCUAGGGGGGAUUUUAAUCCGAUUCCGGCCGGCCCGGAUUUUAUCGCGAGCGGGUUUUAAAGCGCCUCUCGCCUCAGCGGCCGGGGCAGCAUGUCCGAAACGGAGCAGCAGUUGGCGGCCGCCGCCGGCGCCACCCAGAACGGGCACGAAGCGGCCGAGAGCGCCGGGGGGGAGCAGCAGCAGCAGCAGCAGCCCGACACCGGCGGGGCCCCGGCAGCGGCAGCAGCAGCGGGCUCGGCGGCGGCGGCAGCAACGGCAGCGGCGGCGACCACAACGGCGGCGGCAGCCGGAGCGGCGGCGGGAACGGCGGGGGCGGCCGCCAGCCAGAACGGGGCCGAAGGCGACCAGAUCAACGCCAGCAAGAACGAGGAGGACGCGGGGAAAAUGUUCGUUGGCGGCCUCAGUUGGGAUACAAGCAAAAAAGACUUGAAAGAUUACUUCACCAAGUUUGGUGAGGUAACCGACUGCACGAUAAAGAUGGACCCCAACACAGGAAGAUCCAGAGGCUUUGGAUUUAUUCUCUUCAAAGAACCUGGCAGUGUUGAAAAGGUUCUGGAACAGAAAGAACACAGGCUAGAUGGACGACUAAUUGACCCCAAGAAGGCCAUGGCAAUGAAAAAGGAUCCAGUGAAGAAAAUCUUUGUUGGGGGACUUAACCCUGAAGCCACAGAAGAGAAAAUCAGGGAAUACUUUGGAGAGUUUGGAGAGAUUGAAGCAAUUGAACUUCCAAUGGAUCCAAAGACCAACAAAAGGAGGGGGUUUGUGUUCAUCACUUUCAAGGAAGAAGAUCCAGUGAAGAAGGUUUUGGAGAAGAAAUUCCAUAACGUCAGUGGAAGCAAGUGCGAGAUAAAGGUAGCACAGCCAAAAGAAGUAUACCAGCAGCAGCAGUUCAGUAGUGGUGGAGGAAGAGGUAGCUAUGGAGGAAGAGGCAGAGGUGGAAGAGGCGGUGCUCAAAGUCAAAAUUGGAAUCAAGGUUAUGGCAAUUACUGGAACCAGGGUUAUGGGAAUCAAGGAUACGGCUAUCAGCAAGGUUAUGGUGGCUAUGGAGGCUAUGAUUAUUCAGGAUAUGGGUAUUAUGGAUAUGGACCAGGCUAUGAUUACAGUCAAGGCAGUGCAAAUUAUGGGAAGACACCAAGGCGUGGUGGCCAUCAGAAUAACUACAAGCCAUAUUGAUCAAACUUAUUCAGGCCUGGCAGUGGUCACAGUUGAUGCCUACAAGCACUGGAUAUUCCACAAGUUGAAGACGGAAUACUGACUUGUUUACCUGAAGAUAAUAGGACUUCGGGGUAUUUCCUCAGAGAAAAUAUAAAUUUUAAUAUAAUUUCAUAAGCUUUGGAGGUUAGCUUGUCUCGUAGCUUCAGUGAUAUCAAACUUCUUCAAGUAGGAGCUAGAUAGAAAGCUGUUUAGUUUUUGCCAGCGUAUGUAAAACAAGACUUUUCUAUCUGCAUUGUAGAUUGUUUGUGGACACUUCCAGAUUCUUGUGCUUUCUGCAGUCAUUCUGGGGACUGAGCUCUCAUUGAUACCAAUAGAGGUUCCACGAACAGGACAUCUGCAGGAUAUCAAGCGUAGCAGCCCACAGCGUGGUUUGGAGUAGUUCAUUGUUUUAGUUUGGAGAUGACUGGGGGAGACGGGAAAAGCAACUGUACAGUAAGGGAACAAUUACAGAUCUUCUUCCCACUGACAUCAAUGAGAGAUUUGCCUUCAACCUUCCACAGAAGAAUUAGCUUUAAAUUGGGGCAGGAAAGGGGUUUUUCAAAAGAAUUAAAAGCCAAUGGGAGCUCGUUCAACUGCUCCGUAUGCCUUUAAAACCCCCCGCACCAAAAGUGAUAGCUAACAUCAUGAAAUGGAAGUAAAUAAAAUGCAUUUUCAUUGCUGUUUUGAGUUAAAUAA